AUGUCUGUAACACACCUGUACCUGAAUACCAGAAGUCAGCAGCCCAAGACUUCUUUGAAUGUUAAAUUGCCACAUAAUAUGAUGUCAAGAAAUAAUUUGGAGGCAUCUACUUGUAAAAUGACAGAGCCAUUUAAUUUUGAAAAAAAUGAAAACAAGCUUCCACCAUGUGAUUCUUUAAGAAGUCCUGGAGCACAUGCUAACCACCCUAAUUUCCGGUUGAAAAGCCCAGAGAAUGGAAAUAAAAAGAACAAUAUUUUGCUGUGUGAGCAAACCAAACAGUAUUUGGCUAGUCAGGAAGACAAUUCAGUAUCUUCAAACCCUAACAGCAUCAAUGGAGAGGUGGUUGGAUCCAAAGGAGACAGGAGGAUGUUGUCAACAGGAAACUCAGUGUCACCAUUAAAUGUUGGAAACAGUUCACGACUCAAAGAAGUAAAUAGUAAGCCUAGCAAUAACGUGCCUCCUGCAAAGUCAAAAAAAAUACACAAGUUGGUUGAGAAUUCCUUGUCCAUAAAUAAUUCAGCACUCUUCAACUCCUUAGGACCUCCUUUUCGGUCAACAACUUGCCAUCGCUGUGGCCUGUUUGGAUCGCUGAGGUGUUCACAGUGCAAGCAGACAUACUAUUGCUCCAUAGCAUGCCAGAGAAGGGACUGGUCAGCACACAGCAUCGUGUGCAAACCUGUUCAACAAAAUUUCCACAAAUGUGAAGAUAGUAAAUCACCUUUUGAAACAAAGAACAUGCAAGUGAAAAAUGAGGGUGACUAUCCUCUUGGAGUUACUAAAGAAAUAGCCAUUUGUGCUGGUAAAAUAAUGUUUUCUGAUUUGAGAAGUCUACAACUCAGGAAAACCAUGGAAAUAAAGGGUACAGUUACUGAAUUCAAACACCCAAAUGACUUUUACGUGCAGUUAUAUUCUUCAGAAGUUUUAGAAUACAUGAACCAACUCUCUGCGACUUUAAAGGAAACCUAUGCAAAUACAGCUCAGGAGGAGGAUUACAUUCCUGUUAAGGGGGAAGUUUGUGUUGCCAAGUACACUGUUGAUCAGACCUGGAACAGAGUAAUAAUACAAGAUAUUGACAUGCUGCAGAAGAAGGCACAAGUCUUAUAUAUUGAUUAUGGAAAUGAAGAAAUAAUUCCAGUAAACAGAAUUCACCAACUACAUAGAAACAUUGAUUUAUUUCCUCCAUGUGCCAUAAAGUGCUUUGUGGCCAGUGUUAUCCCAGCAGAGGGGAAUUGGAGCAAUGAAUGUGUCAAAACUAUUAAAUCACUGUUAAUGGAGCAGUACUGCUCUAUAAAGAUUGUCAACAUCUUAGAAGAAGAAGUGGUUACCUUUGCUGUGGAUGUUAUGCUGCCAGGUUCAGAUGAUCUUGAGGAUGUUGGAAAAAUGACAGCUGAAAACAAAGUUGUUGUGGAUAGAAGUGAUUUAAUCCCGAAAAUGUUAACUUUGAAUGUAGGCGAUGAGUUUUGUGGUGUGGUUGCCCACAUUCAGACUCCAGAAGACUUCUUUUGUCAACAGCUGCAAAGCGGACAUAAGCUCGCUGAACUUCAGGCAUCUCUUAGCGAGUACUGUGGUCAAGUGCCUCCACGCUCAGAUUUUUAUCCAACAAUUGGUGAUAUCUGUUGUGCGCAAUUCUCAGACGAUGAUCAGUGGUACCGUGCCUCUGUUUUAGCUUAUGCUUCUGAACAGUCUGUACUGGUCGGAUAUGUAGAUUAUGGAAACUUUGAAAUCCUUAGUUUGACAAGACUCUGUCCCAUAACUCCAAAGUUGCUGGAAUUGCCAAUGCAAGCUAUAAAGUGUGUGCUGGCAGGAGUAAAGCCAUCAUUAGGAAUUUGGACUCCAGAAGCUAUUUGUCUGAUGAAAAAAACUGUGCAGAACAAAAUGAUCACAGUGAAAGUGGCAGACAAGCUGGAAAACAGCUCCCUGGUGGAGCUUGUAGAUGAAUCUGUGACGCCUCACCUCAGUAUUGCUCAGGCACUCAGAGACGCUGGCUUUGCCGUCUGGGAGACUGGGGUGCUGGCCGAGAAGCCCAGUGUUAUGAAAGAAGCCAGCGUUCCCUUGGGUAUAGAAGCAAAACUAAGUCCAUUGGAGUGGACAUGGGUUGAACUUGCUGUUGACCAAACAGUAGAUGUUGUGGUCUGUAUGAUGUACAGUCCUGGUGAAUUUUAUUGCCAUGUGCUUCAAGAGGAUGCUUUAAAGAAACUCAAUGAUUUGAACAAGUCACUAGCAGAAUAUUGCCAGCAGAAGGUGCCCAGUGAUUUUAAGGCCGAAAUAGGGCGACCAUGUUGUGCUUCUUUUGCAGGUGAUGGUAAUUGGUAUCGUGCUUUAGUCAAGGAAAUCUUAUUGGAUGGAAACAUUAAAGUCCAUUUUGUGGAUUAUGGGAACAUGGAAGAAGUUACUGCAGAUGAACUCCAAAUGAUCCCAUCCAAAUUUUUAAAACUUCCAUUUCAAGGAAUACGGUGCUGGUUAGUAGAUAUACAGCCUAGAAACAAACACUGGACUGAAGAAGCCAUAGCAAGAUUUCAGAUGUGCAUUGCAGGGAUAAAACUCCAAGCCCGAGUGGUUGAAAUCACUGGACAGGGAGUGGGAAUCGAGCUCAUUGAUCUCUCCACUUCUUACCCCAGAAUAAUUAGUGAUGUUCUGAUUGAUGAACAUCUGGUUUUAAAAACUAGUUCGCCACGUAAAGACUUGACAAAUAACAGACCCGUUAGUAAACGUGAUCUUCAAGUUGAUGUGCUGGGGCUUCCAGCCAUCUCUUUAGCUGAACAGUGGAGGACGACAGAAUUGCCAGUUAAUAAAACUGUACAAGCAACCAUAUUAGAAAUCGUAAACCCACACUUGUUUUAUGCUCUACCAAAUGAGAUGCCAGAAGAUCAGGGAAGAUUGUGUAUAUUGACAGCUGAAUUGUUAGAAUAUUGCAAUACUCAGAAAAGCCGAGUGUCUUACAGACCCAAAAUUGGAGAUGCAUGCUGUGCCAAAUACACCAGUGACAACUUCUGGUACCGUGCCAUUGUUCUGGGGGCAUCAGAUGUUGAUGUGAAAGUACUCUAUGCAGACUAUGGAAACAUUGAAACUCUGCCUCUUUCCAGAGUGCAGCCAAUUUCCACCAGCCACCUGGAGCUUCCUUUCCAAAUUAUUAAAUGUUCCCUCGAAGGACUAAUGGAAUUGAAUGGAAGCUGCUCUCAAUUAGUAAUAGAACUACUUAAAAAUUUCAUGUUGAAUCAGAGUGUAAUGCUUUCUGUAAAAGGAAUUAUCAAGAAUGUCCAUACAGUGUCGGUUGAGAAAUGCUCUGAAAAUGGUACUAUCAAUAUAGCUGAAAAGCUGGUGACAUAUGGUCUGGCAAAAAACAUCACAUCUAAAAAGCAGAGUGCUUUAAGUACAGAAAGGACGCGCAGGAUGAAUUGCUGUUGCACAGCGUUACAGAAACAAGUUGAAAAACACGAACAGAUUCUUCUCUUCCUCUUAAACAAUCCAACCAAUCAAAAUAAAUUUAUUGAAAUGAAAAAAUUGUUAAAAAGUUAA